AUGUCUCUAUCUACUGAAAUACAAGAUAAAGUUGAAGAUACCUUCAAUUGGACAAAUGUACACAACCACGACCCAUCGAAUGAAGACCAAUUUGAUCACAUCGAUUGGGAAAAACUCAACGAGCAGGAAUGGGCAAAGUUUUUGUGUGAAGUUGAGAGGGAUGACGAGCCUACGAGGACUUCAACUUCAGUGAUACCGAUGAUGAAGACACGGAUGGAUUAG